CCUUCAAAGUAUCUCACUCUCUCUCUCUCUCUCUCUCUCUCUCCUUCCACAUCCUCUUCCUUCCUCCCAUGGCGUCAAUCUCCCACUCUGACUCAACUACACUUCUGAUUUCGCCUUCUCCGGCGUCGAAAACCUGGAACUAGAUGUUUUAGCCGGAAAAUAGAAAAAAUCAGUUUCUUAUUCUUGAUUUUCGAUGGAAGUUCCACGCCGCUCUUUGGCUGCGUCUCUCUCUCCUCUCCGGCUAAUCGACGGACUCCCGCGUCGGAGGAGUUUUAAUUAUAAUCAGAUGCCUGAGGAGCCGAUCAAACUCACUGUUCUCAAGCUUGAUGGAUCUUCCUUUGGUCUUGAAGUGUUGAAAUCAGCCACAGUAGGGGAGCUCAAGAUGGCUGUAGAAGCUGCCUUCUCUCAUUUAACCAUCACAGGCCCUGGCAAGAUCUCAUGGCCGCAUGUCUGGGGACAAUUCUGCUUAUCCUAUGAAGAUCAAAAAUUGAUUAACGAGGCUGAGUACCUCAUUGAAUUGGGCAUUAAAGACGGAGAUCAGCUUCGAUUCAUUCGCCAUAUAUCAAACUACGGCAUCUUGCUGAUGAAGAAGAAGAGCAAGACACCUCGUGUUUCUUCUUUGAAACAACUUAAACUACCAUCUAGGUUCUCAAUCAAAAACGAAACCUGGAGAAAGAAGGGAAAAGAAGGUCAAGAAGACGGUGUAGACUCCAUCCCUCAGACACAACCAAGCUUUUUAGCGACUGUAUUGGGAGGUUGGCUCUCUUAUAACUCAACUACAACUCAACGAGGGACUAAACAAAGAACCGUGAGUGCUUCUACUUCGAGUCACCGCAGAGUUUUUAACAAACUCAUCGCAAGGUUUCGUUUCAAGUGUUAUUCAGAGAAAGAUGUUUGGAACAGAAAACAACUCAUCUCUGAAACUUGAAAAUAGACUGAUAAACAUUCUCAUUUGGUUUUUGUAGAGAUUUUGAUUUCUAGUCUCCAUGAUUAUAUAUAAACUUCGCUCUUGUGUGAGUGUGUGCGUGCAAAACGCGAAUAAGGCCUUGAUUGUUUGUGUUUGCGUUUAGUGUAUAUUUUCUUUUUAACCAUUUGUAACCAUUUGCAAUUUAAAAAAAACAAAAAGCCAAACGCCA